UCCUCUCUUCCGCUUCCGGUGUCCCCCUGCAGCCAUGGCCGCCGCCGCUGCCGCUGGCGGUCCUGGGGCGCCUCUGUCCCCGGACGAAUUGCUUCCGAAAGGCGAUGCCGAGAAGACUGAGGAGGAGCUGGAGGAGGAAGACGACGAGGAGCUAGAUGAGACCCUGUCGGAGAGACUGUGGGGUCUGACGGAGAUGUUCCCAGAGAGGGUCCGGUCCGCGGCUGGAGCCACUUUUGAUCUCUCCGUCUUUGUGGCUCAGAAAAUGUACAGGUUUUCCAGGGCAGCCUUGUGGAUCGGGACCACUUCCUUCAUGAUCCUCGUCCUUCCCGUUGUCUUCGAGACCGAGAAGUUGCAAAUGGAGCAGCAGCAACAACUGCAGCAACGGCAGAUACUUCUAGGGCCUAAUACAGGGCUCUCAGGAGGAAUGCCAGGGGCUCUACCUUCACUUCCCGGAAAGAUCUAGAAUGUUACUGCUAUAUGACUUGUCUCGGUGGGACGAGUUUGUAAAUUCAAUAGUGUUUGAACUGCUGAUUAUUUGGAUUCUUCUUUUCGUUUCCUUUUCUGUUUUUAACUUUGGCACAUUGAUUUAUCUCAACCUGCUGGGGAGAAUUCUCCCCAGUGUGUCACGGAGACUCCCAACUUGCAGCUGUGCCCUCCACACUGUCCCGUUUCUUCUGUCCUCACUCUGAUAGCAGAGUGCAGCAAUGCAGACGGUUCCUCGAGCUCUGGCCAUCCCACCCCUCUCACUAAAUAACUCGUGACCGGAACAUCUCAACUGUCCGAUCGCGGCAUGGGAACUGAUGCCACUGGGAAGGAUGUACCCUUGGCCAUUUUUGGUUUUAAGCAUGGAGAUGUUGGGAAGGGACAUGCACACAGUAUGAAAUCCGCGAUGCAACUGCAGCGGAAAGCAGCCCCUGAAUUUUGUGUUGGAAAGGAGGGAGGGCAGCUUCAACCGCAGGUGGGGACGGUGGGGGACAGCGCGGGAGCUCAGCUCCUCUGCCCGUUUUGGCUCUUAGAGACCUGAGUGUGUGUGUCCAAAACAGGAAAAAAGUGCUCACUUUUUGUAUUUAAAUAUUAAAAAUGAUUCCAACGGAAA